CAUUACAUUAUGAAAUACCUCUCCAAAAUAGCCAUUGUCUGUUUUUAAUUAUAAAUUCAAGUUUAUAUUGUAUGGCAUCUUUAUAUUUUAUUAAAUUUUUGUUGACCCCGCUUAAGAAUAUGAACUGUUCUCUUUUAAAAAACAAAUGAUGUUGGAAAGAGUUGUUGGAAGAAUGUUCAGAUCAGCAAUGAGGCCACCUCGGCCACCACCUAAUGUUGUUUUCACUCUGGCAGAAGAAAAUACUUUAGACAAAAGCUCUCAAUCCACUGGAGUUGUUGAGAUUGAUAAUUCUCAACAUGUCCUUGUUAAAAUUGCAACAUUAUAUGCUGAACGAUUAAUGAACGAUAUCUGUUUGGUUGUUGGUGGCGUUGAGUAUCCGUCACAUAGACUCAUAUUAUGUGCCUCCAGUGAAGUUUUUCAGGUCAUGUUGAUGAAUCCACAAUGGAGCGAAUCACAUAAGAGUAGAGUCGUGCUUCAAGAGACUCCAGCAUGCGCAGCUAUAUUUGGUGAAUUCAUCAAGUAUUUCUACACGGGCCAAAUCAAGAUCAACCACACUACGAUCACGCCAGUUCUUGCUCUUGCUGAUAAAUACAAUGUUAAAGACUUGACAAAGCUUUGUAUCGACUAUAUGUGCAGCCACAUCGCCCUCGCUGCUGCCAACAAUCAACUAAUUACAUGGUACCAGUAUACAUUAUCCUUGGGCCACCAUAAGGUUGCACUUGCUUGCCAGAACUUUCUCAAGUGGAACUUCGAACUGGUCGCAAACACCACAGACUUCUGUAACUGCAAUCAUGAGAUACUUUCGAAGCUUCUUCAAAUGAAUGACCUCGUUGUCGUCAAUGAGAUAACUCUCUAUAACCAUGUUGUUCGAUGGCUUGAGGCUCAGAGGAUUCUGUUGACAUCCGAGUGUGAUACUGCGGAAUCAGUAGAAAUAUAUAUGUCUGCGCUGGUUCAGGAUGUUAUGUCUCACAUUCGCUUUCCGAUGAUGUCGCCUCGCCAACUAGCUGAGUUGUUGUUGUCGCCACUCACCACUAAGUAUAAGGAGUUCUUUAUCGAACGAAUGGCUAUCGGAAUGUCAUUCCACUCUGAUCAACGUGACAGGCUGAAUGAGAUCUGUAGUCAGGAUGAAAACGGGCGUUUACUAUUCACGCCUCGACUUUAUACUUCAGACACUUAUAGCUCCACAUUGUGUAUAGAGAAUUUCAGCCAUUUUCCUUCUUAUAAUACGAGGACACUUGUUUUUUCAUCACACACCGGCCUCGCUGAACAUGCUGGUGAUAAGACUUGUGAAUGGGUGAUAGACAUGUUUCCGAAAGGAGUAUGGUUCCAGAGGUUCUACCUCAUUGUGUGGCAAGGAACUAUAGAUGUGCCAGAAAAGGUGCUGAGGUCGGUCCGUUUGUCGAUAACAGCUAAAGAUGUUUCAGAGGACUAUCUAAAAGUUAAGGUUGGUUUGUUGAUGGUUGGAACUUGUGAUGGCAUAGAACAUAUCUGUUCUGUUAUAGUCAAGAACCAUCAUUUCAAUUGUAAUGAGCGUGUUCUCAAUCUGGAUGAUGUGAUUCCUUUUGACGACCUGAAUGUUAAUCUUCUCGAAGGUGGCGAUUGCCAACACUCGAGGCCGAGCAGCUAUCUUGUGGGCCAAAACAGGGAUACUUUGAAAGUACAUAUCACCAUUGUGCCGUUGUCAGAUGUUUCCAGUUUAGAUCCUGAAAUAGAUACUCUCAUCAUCCCUUCGAGGUAGUUUUGUCAAUAUCAUGUUUCAACAAUGGUUUCGUAAAGAUGAAUCUAUAUGUAUGUAAUAUUACAUAUAUUUAAGUCUUCAAAUUUAUUGAUGUUUUUAUCGAUAAUAAGUGUUGUUGAAUUGUAACUAAAAAAUAUGAUUGAAAUAUAAUCGUAUUUUUUGCUUGUUGUUAAAAGUAUAGUAGAUCCGAUCCUCAAUAAUUUGUGUCUAUAUGUGACAAUAAUGUAAAAUGUUGAAUUUGUCACAAGAAUGUUUAAUGGAAUGUUAUUGACUUAUUGGAUGGAUAUGAAUAAAUAUCUAUUGUAUCGUAAAACAGGCAUCAUCAAUUGUUGGAAACUUGUAAUCAUACACUAAGUAUUUAGUAUCAAUCCGUGCUUACUGUGUAGAUCUGCAUUAAUUUCAGUCAGUCAAAAACUCAUUAUAAUUGUUGGGUGAAUAUAUAUGAUGUAUUGUUAUAGCUACUGUUUAGUUUAUGCCAUGUUACCUGAUUGUGUAUAACACAAUGUUUAUUAUAUUAGAAAAUUCUUCUGUCUACUUUAUUGUCAAUAUUGCAUUACCUGUGAACUUCUUCUAAAGGGUCGAAAAAAUGCUGUAUGUUGUGGUUCAAAACACCUAAAAUUUGGAUGACAAAUUAGUCAAGUUAAUAAAAUGCAAGGGGAACCACUAUGUUUUUAAAAAAAUAAGCCAUUAAAGUAAUGAGAUCUCUGUGAUAAAAAAAUAAAUGACUACUUAUUAUAAAUUAUUCUUACAUUUUAUGAAUUAAUAUAAGCGCUUACAUUUUUUUUAUAAAAAGAAAUAGUAAUAAUUGAAGAAAAAAAAACUAAAGAAAUUCUUUAACAAAAACAAUAAAAAUAAGUGCAAUAUUUCUAUAAUUUUUAUUAUCUUUCUUGAAAAUUAUAUUAAAAUCUUGUAUGUUCUGUUAAUAAACAAAGUGAGAAACAAAAAAAAAAAAAAACUUGUUUUAUUCACCUAUGAGUCACAUUGAUAGUAAGCUAUUGGCUAUUAUAGAUGUAUUUAGAUUAUCUAUGACCAACAGAUGAAUGUCUUUGUCGAGCAAAAUCAAAAAGUGUUGACCAGUCAUGGUAGAGGGAGUAUACAGUUUUCCCUUCACUAAGGCCCUACUAACUUCCCUAAAUAUCCAUCGAGGGUCGCAUAUAUCUGAAUUUACUUCUUUUCUCAAA